CGCCAUGGCGGGCGGGAGGCGGGGGCCGAUGCGGGUCGGGGCCGGGCUGGGCGCGCUGCUCUGCGCCCUCCAUGUGCAGGCAGCCUGUCGGGACACCACUGUCACACAGGAGCUACUGAAAGAGGGGUUUCACAGGGACCUGCUGGUGAAGGUAGAGCUUGGGGAGGAUGCAGGAGGAUGUGCUGUGGCAGCGCAACUGCGUCUGCCGCCGGGAAUCUACGUGGAUCCCUAUGAGCUGGCAACGCUGCAGCAGCACAAUCUAACAAAGGCAGUGUUAUUUCCUGAUGUCAUUGACGUGGAGGCUCCUGAGUACUUGGCCAGGGAUCUUCUCCUGCUGCUGUUCCUGGAGCCGGACGCGCGCUGUUCCCGCUGUUUCUGCGCUGCCGUGCCCGUGCACGCGCGGUACCACCGGCCGGCCGAGGGGACACGGGAAGCCUUGGUUGUUCUGGAGAACCCAGAGGUGCUGCUCUGCUGCUGCCACAGUCACCUGUCUGCAGAGUGCUGGGAACCUGCUGAAGUGGAUACUCCCUGCCCAUCUGACACCUCCAGUCCCUGUCAGUGGCACAGCACAAAACACAGACUUGCAUAUGAGGAAUUGAUGCUGAGAGUUCCUGUGGGGCUCAGGGAGCACAGUUCCCUGGUGUGUGCCCUGACCCUGCUCACCAUGGGGCUCUGCUCUGGCCUCAUCCUAGCUGCUGCCUGCAAGUAUGGACACUUCUCACAGUGACCUGAGGAAAUACGGAAUGUCUGACCUCCACCAAGCAAACCUAACUGGAUAUUGCACUGGAUUCCUGAAUGGAUCCUACUCCACUGUUAUUUAUGUCUCUGGGGGUGUGAGGGUCCCACAAUGUAUUAUAGUUCCUUUGGCUCAUAAUGCUUACAAAUGCCUUCCACAGCCCAGAAGACAUUUUGAGGGUGUUGUCAAUAUCCAAAGCAGAUGGAGAGUAGAAAAAAGCAUCAAAAAGCUGAAAGCACUGCUGUGGGCAAUGAGGCAACAGUCAGGAGUGGAUUUGGGCCUCCCAUUCCCUCCUCCUGGCUUGUUUGCAAUACAGUGCUGCCUCUUGCAGACCUGUUUGUAUUUCUUGACUCAGGGAUUGGUUAUUAAAGGUAUGGAAAACAUUAAUAAUGAGUCAUUAAAUUUUCUGAAUUUUAA